AUUACAUAACUGGUAAAAUCAAUAAAAUAAAUCAAACUAACAACCAAUUACAAGAAUCAAUUAAAAAACUAGAAAAUAAAAAUAAAGAAUCAGAACAAAAAAAUAAUCAAUUAAAUCAAACUAUUAUCAAUUUAAAAGAAAAAAAUAAAGAAUUAGAAAAAACAACCAUAUCUAUUAAUAAUGAAUUACAAGAAAAAAUUGACAAUCUAAAUUUAUUAAAACAAAAAUUCGAUUCGUUCAAGAAAUCGAUCAAAGAGCAAAAAAAGAUCGAUACUUUGGUAACAGAAAUUUGUACGAUGCUAAGCAUAAAUUCAGAUAAUAAUUUAUUAAAGAUAUAUCAUGUUUUAAUACCAAAUAAUAGCGCUGAUAACUUAACAGAUCAAAAAGAAAUCAUCAAAUCAAUAUGUAACGUUCUCGAUAUAAAGUAUAUAGAAAAUAACGAGAAUCAAAACCUU